AUGAGAUCAUUAUAUGUUUAUCCAGCGAGAGCAAUGUGGCCGAGUAUGUUACCUACGGUUGCUGUCAACCGUGCUUUAAUGGCUCCUGAAAAACAUGAGAAUAUCAAUGGAUGGAAAAUCUCUAGAUAUCGCUUUUUCUUCAUCGUCUUUCUGAUCUCAUUUCUCUACUUUUGGUUCCCUAAUUAUAUUUUCCAGGCAUUGAGCUACUUCAGUUGGAUGACUUGGAUUAAGCCUGACAACUUGAAACUUGAUGUACUUACAGGUUCUCAGAGCGGUUUGGGACUCAAUCCUAUAACAUCUUUCGACUUUAACGUUAUGUUCUUCAAUUCUCCGUUGGCUAUUCCGAUCUUCACAUCUUUGCUUCAAUACCUUGGGUCAAUAAUUUCAUUCUUUAUUGUUCUCGGAAUGUGGUUUUCUAACUAUAAAUGGACUGGAUAUCUUCCAAUCAACUCAUAUUCACUAUUCGAUAACACAGGUGCCACGUACAAUAUCUCAAAAGUGUUAGAUGGUAAGGGUACAUUCGAUUCUGCAAAAUUUAAAGAGUACAGUCCUACAUUUUACUCUGCGGGACUCUUAAUGAAUUACGGUGCCACUUUUGUGGCUGUUCCUUUUGUCGUGGUUUAUGUGAUAUUGACACAGUAUAAGCCCAUUUAUAGGGGUCUUAAAGUGAUUCGCAAAGUUUUGACAGAGCGUAAAGGGUCUUCAUUUUCAAACUUCAACGAUCCGUUUUGCAGAAUGAAUUCAGCAUACAAGGAGGCCCCAGAGUGGUGGUUUUUAGUAAUUUUGGUCAUUUCUAUAGUUUUGGCAAUCGUUUGUGUCGAGAUUUAUCCAACUGAAACACCAGUCUGGUCAAUUUUCUUCUCACUUGCAUUCAAUGUGGUCUUUUUGAUUCCAUUUUUACAAGUCUAUUCGUCUACUGGAGCUUAUAUUUCGUUAACCGUUGUUCUUGAGUUGAUUUCAGGUUAUGCUAUUCGUGGUAAUGGUGUCGCGUUAAUGAUUGCUGCUCUUUUCGGAUACAGUAUCGAUGAACAAUGUCAAAACUACUUGACAAAUCAAAAGAUUGCCCACUAUGCAAAGAUUCCUCCGAGAGCCAUGUUCAGGGGUCAGCUUCUCACAACGAUGAUUAAUUUGGUUGUCACUAUUGCUAUCAUCAACUGGCAAGUCGAUUUUCCGGAAAUAUGUACCUCAGAUCAAAAGAACAACUUCACUUGCCCUGUUGCACAGAGCCAAUAUAAUGCUGCAAUAAGUUGGGGUGUUAUUGGUCCAUACAGAGUUAUCGAGCAUUUGUAUCCGAUCCUCAAAUGGUCCUUCUUGAUUGGUUUCCUUUUAGCGUUCCCAGCAGUAUUGUUUAGGAGGUACGGUCCGAAAAAGAUCACCAAAUAUUUUGAACCCAACGUCAUCAUUUCUGGUAUGGCAAUCUGGGCACCAUAUAAUUUAUCUUACUAUACCCCAGGAAUUUACUGGGCUAUUGGAUUCAUGUACUAUUUGAAGAAUUAUUAUACUUCUUGGUGGAAUAAGUAUAACUACAUUUUCUAUUCAGGAAUUCAAGCAGGGAUUGCUUUCUCUGCUGUUAUAAUCUUCUUUGCCGUUCAAUAUCAUGACAAGUACAUCUCCUGGUGGGGAAACAAUGUUAUUCUCGAGGGUCUUGACGGUGAGGGUGGUGGUCCACUUUUUUAUCCAACUAAGGAAAUGGAUAAUUACUUUGGCCCUAGAAUAGGAGAAUUCAGCUAA